CCGUUUCGGGAGGUGCCAGCGGGCGGGGCUCGGCUGCCCGGCAGGGAGGGGGCUCCCUGCUCUCGCCUCUUUACCGGCGGAGCCUCUCGGCGCCGCAUCCCCCCGGCUUGCAGCAGCCGCCCGCGGGCCGGGGCCGCGGCAGGCUGAGGGAAGCGGGCUCUGCCCCAGCCCCAGCCCCAGCCAGGCGCAGGAAGGGGCCGAGCCGCCAGAGGUCCUCGGCGGCUCCCGGGGGUCGGCGGCGGGAGAACCGUGCUGCUGCUGCUGCUGCUCUCGCUGUCGCCUUCCCUCCCUCGCCGCAAUGGGCCUCCGGGAGCUGGUGCUGUGGCUGCUGGCGGCGGCGGGGCUGGUGCGCGAGUCCCUGCAAGGAGAGUUCCAAAGGAAGCUUUAUAAGGAGCUGCUGAAAAAUUACAACCCUCUGGAACGACCGGUCGCGAAUGAUUCCCAGCCUCUCACUGUCUAUUUCACUCUCAGCCUCAUGCAGAUCAUGGAUGUGGAUGAAAAGAAUCAGGUAUUAACAACAAACAUCUGGCUACAAAUGUACUGGACAGAUCAUUACUUACAGUGGAAUGUGUCUGAAUACCCUGGAGUGAAGAACGUCCGUUUUCCUGAUGGACUGAUUUGGAAGCCAGAUAUUCUUCUCUAUAACAGUGCUGAUGAAAGAUUUGAUGCUACAUUUCACACUAAUGUUUUAGUCAAUUCUUCAGGACAUUGCCAAUAUCUGCCACCAGGCAUAUUUAAGAGCUCAUGCUACAUAGAUGUGCGCUGGUUUCCGUUUGACGUUCAGAAGUGUAACCUGAAGUUUGGGUCCUGGACAUAUGGAGGCUGGUCCUUAGACUUGCAAAUGCAAGAAGCGGAUAUAUCUGGCUAUAUUUCAAAUGGAGAGUGGGAUUUAGUAGGAGUCCCUGGGAAGAGAACUGAGAGUUUUUAUGAAUGUUGUAAGGAACCUUACCCAGAUGUGACAUUCACAGUAACCAUGAGACGCAGGACUCUCUAUUAUGGACUCAAUCUUCUUAUUCCCUGUGUACUGAUAUCAGCGCUUGCCUUAUUAGUUUUUCUACUUCCAGCAGACUCUGGAGAAAAGAUCUCGCUAGGUAUAACAGUUUUAUUGUCUCUCACUGUCUUCAUGUUACUUGUGGCUGAAAUUAUGCCAGCAACAUCUGAUUCUGUGCCCUUAAUCGCUCAGUAUUUUGCCAGCACUAUGAUUAUUGUUGGCCUCUCUGUUGUUGUCACUGUUAUUGUUCUACAAUACCAUCAUCAUGAUCCAGAUGGGGGAAAAAUGCCUAAAUGGACAAGAAUCAUCCUUCUGAACUGGUGUGCUUGGUUUCUGAGGAUGAAGAGACCAGGGGAAGACAAAGUGCGCCCUGCCUGUCAACACAAACAGCGUCGAUGUAGCCUGUCGAGUGUGGAGAUGAACACUGUGAGUGGACAACAGUCCAGUAAUGGAAAUAUGCUGUACAUUGGGUUUAGGGGGCUGGAUGCCGUGCACUGCACACCUACCACUGAUUCAGGGGUGAUCUGCGGGAGGAUGACCUGUUCACCAACAGAAGAAGAAAACCUUCUCCACAGCGGCCACCCUUCUGAAGGCGACCCGGAUUUGGCUAAGAUCUUGGAAGAGGUCAGGUACAUUGCAAACAGAUUCAGAGACCAGGAUGAAGAGGAAGCCGUUUGCAAUGAAUGGAAGUUUGCAGCCUCUGUAGUGGAUCGGCUCUGCUUGAUGGCUUUUUCAGUCUUCACAAUCAUUUGUACAAUUGGUAUUUUGAUGUCAGCACCAAACUUCGUAGAGGCUGUCUCUAAAGAUUUUGCUUAACUAUUAACUAUGAUUUAAUUCUCUGAAGUAUGAUAUGUAGCACACAAGAGUGUAUUUUUUGUUUGACUGCUUGUUUUUAAUAAGUAUGCUGCUUCUCAUUGUCCUUUUUCUUUUGCCCCCUCUGGCAUCCCUCUCUGGUCCAGAGUUCCUGUCUGAAGAGUGGCACCAUUUCAGAAGGGCUCCAUGCCAGCUCCUCUGAGCACACUUGAGCACUCUCAAGUGGGUGCAAGUCCCUUCAGAAUGACAGGGUAUUGCACCAGCAUCUUUCAGGCAUUUUGAACCGGCUAUUAUAGAGUUAUGGGUAGGCAAUGGCAGAAAUGUAAUUUCUUCCAGACUUUUUUUUUUAUUUUUAAAUUAAGAUAGAAGUUAGUCCAUCUUAGCUACUUGAAUAACUGACAGGAAGAACUUAAGUUCAGGAAAGGAUCAAAUCCAGAUGAAUGGAAGCUCAAACAGCAGAGAAAAAAGGGAAAACAUAUAACUUGCUUUCAAUUACUGGUUCUUACUGAGUUGAGGUAUGGAGCUCUUGCUCACAACCAGUAAGACCCACAACUCCCUCAAUGCAUUCUACAUAGAGCACAAGUGAGGAUUCUGAAUUUGCCUGGAACACCAGAAACUUGAAAGUUAAGAUGAAACAGCACAUAUCUUGUCCUUCUACUACAUUUCUGGACUUGACACAAAAGUUUGGCCAGAAUUCUUAAAACAGGCUUCACAGUAAUUGUUGUGGUUUUUAUUACAACUUCCUUCUGCUAAGAAAGACAUUCUUUCAACUGAUAACUUCAGUCAGUCUUUAGCCUUAAUGAUGAUAUAAAGAAAAUGAAGGAUUAUGGUGAUUUGACUUUCACCUGUCCAUCAAAGAAAAAUCCACACACUUGUCUCUUUACUGUUAACUCAAUUCCAAUGUGGAAAAAGUAACUGUCUCUUACAGGCUCAAGUAUAAAUGACAAGUCUAAUGCAAAAAAAAGCUAUUAAAU